AUGGGUGGCCAUGUUGAACUAAGUGCUGCAGAAUUAGCUAAACUAGUUGGUUAUAGAAAAUAUUUGAAUACUGUGACAGAUCAUGGUAGAAAAAAUAUUGUGUUAUCCGUAUUUGCUGGCUGGGGUUUGUUUGGCUAUACAAUGUACAAAAUGUCACAAAGUCGAAAGAAAAAUAAACCCAUCGAAUAUAAAACCGAUAAUAAAGUGAAAAAAGCACAUUAG